AUGGAAACUUAUCAAAAGAUGAUGAAUUCCUUGGCAUACCAACUCUUGCUCCUGAUGUUGAAGUGGCUAGAAGUCUCUGAAGAUGAACUGAACUGGAAACUAUCAAUGUCCCAAGAUGCAUUGCUACUCAAUUCCUUUCCACCCUGCCCAGAUCCCAAAAGUACCAUUGGUUUAGCCCCUCACACAGAUUCAUUGCUCAUUACCGUUCUUCAUCAAAGUCAUGAGGGUUUGCAGAUUUUUCGCGACGGAUUCAGAUGGGUGACAGUUUCACCCAUUGAAGGAGCUCUUGUGGUCAAUCUUGGUAAUCUUAUGGAUAUAUUGUCUAAUGGCAAGUUCUCUGGCAUUCUGCAUCGUGCUUUUGUCAACCAGAUUAGGCACAUGAUUUCUGUUGCCUACUUCUGCUAUCCUCCAAUUGAUUCCCAGGUUGCACCAUUUGCUAAGUCUGAAUGUCCCAUUUAUAGUUCUUUAACAGUGAAGGAAUAUCUUGAAAUCAGGGCCAAGCAUAUGGAGGAUGCACUUUCUGUGAUCAGAAUAAAAUGA